GGGUUUGGUUUUCGUGAAGACACCGGGAAGUGAACAUGCUGAAGGUGAACUUAUUCUUCCAAACUGUGUGGCUGAGCACAGCCAUUACAGGCACAGUCAGAACAGACAGAGCACAUCCACAGAGCAUAGCCGUGAUUGGGGCAGGAAUUGGCGGAAGCUCAUCUGCGUACUUUCUAAGACAGCACUUUGGAAGAGGUGUCAGGAUCGAUGUAUUCGAGAGUGAGACAGUGGGAGGCCGUUUGGCUACAGCCAGUAUCAACGGUCAAGAUUAUGAGACGGGAGGGUCAACAAUACACCCUUUCAAUCUACAUAUGAAAGAAUUUGCACAGAUGCUAGGUCUGCAGGAACUGAAGCUGCCCGAUGAUGUGCAGGCAGUGUAUGAUGGGGAGGAGUUUGUCUUUGAGGACAGUGACUGGUUUAUUAUCAACAUCAUCAAGCUGGUCUGGCGAUAUGGCUUUGACUAUCUACGCAUGAAGAUGUGGGUGGAAAGUUUCCUGCACAGGUUCAUGAAGGUUUAUCAAUUCCAAUCUGGUGGCUACAGUUUCACAACCAUGGAGAAACUCUUGUAUGGUGUUGGAGGGGAUGAGUUUGUGCGAAUGAUCAAAUAUUCCAUCGAUGAAGCCUUACAGAACGUUGGCAUCAGCCAACGGUUCCUGAAUGAGAUUGUCACCCCUAUCCUGCGACUCAGUUCUGGCCAAAGUGCGAACAUCAAUGCGCUGGUGGGUACACUAUCGCUCCUUCAGGCUGACUCGGACCUCUGGAGAGUAGAAGGGGGCAACAAACUGGUUUGCUCCGGUUUACUAUACUCGGCUAAAGUUAACCUCAUCAAAGGCAAGGUCACUUCAAUACACACCAAGAGGAGGCCUCAACGCAAUGGUGAGCUGGUUCAUCUCUAUGAAGUGAAUUACACCGAGGGCUCAGAUCCUGGUUACAGCCUGUAUGAUAUUGUCAUUCUGGCUGCCCCCAUGUACCCAGGCAAAUCACAAGUCCACUUCCACGAUAUCCCCCAGCCAAUCAGCUUCUACUCUGGCCAUUACCAGCAGAAGGUUGUCACACUGGUGGCGGGAUGUCUAAACGCUUCCUACUUUGGCCAACAUGGCUCUGGGCCUUUCCGUCCCACCACCAUUACCACCACUGCACACUCCGAUGGUUCCAUCUUGGGCGCCAGCGUUUCGGUGCCCAUCAAGCCGGUGCCAGGUGACCAGCCCCCAACCUGCGCCCGUGUCUGGAAGGUGCUGUCGCCAGAGCCUCUGGCCGAGGGAGAACUGAGCCGCCUCUUCCCCUCCCCCGAGGCUGUGCACGAAUCUCACUGGUUUGCCCACCCCUCUUACAGCUCAAGCGACGAGAUUCCGCCUUUCGUCCUCCACGACCACCUUUACCACCUCAAUGCCAUGGAGUGGGCAGCCAGCACCAUGGAGAUGAUGGCCAUCUCCGCCAAGAAUGCUGCCCUCCUUGCCCAUCACCGCUGGUACCAGCAGCUGGAGAAGGUUGAUCAGGACAUCCUGCCUCAGGGCCAGAAGGUGGAACUCUGAGAGGCAUCUCCAAGACAAGGCCCUGUGCUCUGCCGAGUUUUUUUUCCAUUCACUGCUCAUUGCCGACCAGUUAACUGAAAUGCUGCAAAAUUCGGCAAAAUUCCACUGAGUCUGCAGCACAGAAACAGGCCAUUCAGCCCAACUACUCCAUACUGGUGUAUAUGCUCCACAUAAGCCUCCUCCCAAGCCCUUUUCAUCUCGCCCUAUCAACACAUCCUUCUAUUCCUUUCUCCCUCAGGUGUUUAUCCAGCUUCCCCUUAAAUACAUCUCAACUAUUCACCUCAACCAUUUCCUGUGGGAGUGAGUUCCACGUUCUCCCCACUCUCUGGGUAAAGAAGUUGCUCCUGAAUUCCCCAUUGGAUUUCUUAUUUAUUGCCUUAUAUUGUCCCUAUUUUGGCACUUGCCAGCAAUUGGAAAUGUCUUCUCCACAUCUACACUGCUUAUUUUAAGGACCUUUCUGAGGUUCCCUGUCAGUUCUGGCCUCCCCACCUUCCCGGUCCUCGGUCUGUGCAGUCUUUCCUGAAAGUCAGAACCUCUCACUUCUGCUAUUAUCCUUGUAAACUGCUAUGCACUUUCUCCGGAGCCUUCAUAUCUCCAUCAUACAACGAGACCAGAACCUCACAUAGGUCUCCAAGUGAAAAAGUCUGAACAAAUCCAUUCUGGGCUGGUCCACCUUCUCAUUCCACACUCUGCCCUCUUCCUUUCCUGUGCUAUUUUGAAUUGGUGAAUGGAAUGGCUGCUCCAUUGAGUCACUAUGAAAGUUCAUGCUCUCUGACUGUGGGUUUCGUCGUUUCGUAGAAUCGUAGAAUGGUUACAGCACAGAAAGAGGCCGUUCAGCCCAUCAUGUGUAUACUGGUCCCCUGCAAGAGCAACUCACCUAGUCUGACUCUCCUGCAGCCCUGAAAAUUCUCCCUGUUCAAAUAAUUAUCCAAUUUCCUUUUGAAAACUCUGAUUGACCCUGCCUUCACCACCCUCUCAGAAAGUGCAUUUCAGAUCCUGAUUGACCCUGCUUCCAACACACUCUCAGACAGUGCAUU